UAAGAAGCUUGACAAACCAGGGUUUCCCAGCCUACCUUAAGACCAACGAGCUCUGAAUUCUGUAACAUCUGAACUCCUGCUUAGGGGAUAGACCACUGCAAAAUGAGCACCUCGGAACCAAGUUUGACAACCGAAUUUGAUUAUGAAGAUCUCCCUACACCAUUUGUAAACAGUUCUGCAAAAAAUUUUGGGACUUGGUUUUUGCCACCACUUUAUUCUCUGGUGCUGAUUUUUGGCCUUGCGGGCAAUGCAUUAGUUGUUCUGAUCCUGAUAAAAUACAAGAGACUGAAAAGCAUGACUGAUAUCUAUUUGCUAAAUUUGGCCAUCUCUGAUUUGCUUUUUGUAUUUUCUCUACCAUUCUGGGCAUACCAGGCAGCACAUAAAUGGAUUUUUGGAGAUGCAAUGUGCAAAAUUCUUUCCUGGAUCUAUUCCUUUGGCUUCUACAGUGGAAUCUUUUUCAUAAUACUUUUGACAAUAGAUAGAUACCUAGCAAUUGUCCAUGCAGUGUUUGCUUUGAAAGCUCGCACAGCUGUCUAUGGCAUCCUUGCAAGUGUAGUUGUUUGGAUUGUUUCUGCACUAGUCGCUGUUCCAGGGAUAACAUUUUAUGGUACUGGAAAUAAUAAUGCGGGCUGUAGCCUUAACCUUCCAAGUGAUAAAAUGAGGCAAUGGAAGCAAUUCAUGACUUUACUGAUGAACACCGUUGGACUUUUUAUUCCUUUGAUCGUUAUGAUCUUCUGCUACACUGCAAUUAUAAGGACACUACUGAAAUGUAGGAAUGAAAAAAAAAACAAAGCAGUUAGGCUUAUUUUUGUCAUAGUGAUUGUUUAUUUUCUCUUCUGGACACCAUUCAACAUCGCUCUUUUUGUGAAGACUUUUUCAGGUUCCCUUGAUAAUGCUAAGGCAAGCACUCAAAUUGAUAUUGCAAUUCAAGUAACAGAAACAAUUGCCAUGAUCCACUGUUGUAUCAACCCUGUGAUCUAUGCCUUUGUUGGUGAAAAGUUUAGAAAAUAUCUUUCUACCUAUUUCCGAAAACACAUUGCAGUCCACCUUUGUAAACAAUGUCCAUCUCUUUACCGUGAUAAGUUAGAACGAGUUAGUUCCACAUUUACUCCAUCUACUGCAGAGCAUGACGUUUCCAUUGGUUUGUAAAAUACAAUAGGACGUGUCAUUAGUCAGUUUCAAUCUUUUUCACCUAAAAGAUUUUGGAACUAAUCAAAACAUUUGAGAUCAUCACCUUCAAGGAUCUACAAUUACAAAUAGGUAAUUUUUUCUCUGGCAUUGCAGUAUUUCCCAUUCUCAGUAUAGGUAAAGUACAAGUCUCACAGGGAAGGUAAAUAGUUUAGUAACCCAAAGUAAUGUGAUUUUCUUUAGAGACAAAUUCUAGCCAAUGUCAUGUGAUUCCCUUAUGAAGUAUGACUGAGAAGGUGGUUUGAUGAAGACAGGGAAGGAGAGAUAUUAUGCAAAGCAGUUAUGUAAAGAAUAUAAGGAAAACAUUGUGAGGAAGGUAUCUUUGGCAGAAGUGGUCUGUAAUUUUGGCCAUUUACUUGGGCCUUGAUGGAAAUCUCUUUAACAUUUAGAAUUAAUGGGAAAUUAUGAAAAAAAUAAUACUUUGCAAUAGGAUUAUACUCUAUUAGCCACUAACUGCUUUUUAAAAAUAAUCUCCUUAACUGUUUUGUUAAAUUUAAUUAUUUUACAUCAGUUUUACACUUCGUAUGCACCGUAUAAAAACUCAACUACUAAUAAUUUUAUAGCCUGGUUUUUAAAGGAGCUCAACCCAAUUUCUUUUGCAGGUGCAAUUUUGGAAGUAAUUGCACAUACAAACCAAGCUGUAAAAACCUUAAUGCUAUCAGUUGCAGGGAUGAGGCUGCACCCACAAAACAGCAGCGUGUUUCUGAUCAGGCAAGGAAAUGACAGCUUCCAGGCAUCCAAUCAAACAACGUGUCAAACUCACCAAAGUGUGAGAUGAAGAUUAGUCUUGAUGAUUCUGGUAUAUUAAAAGCUUUAGAUCAUAAAAAAGCUAAAAUAAAUGGCCCAGGAGGGAAAGAGAAGAAAGAGAGGCAAAAUCUGUAGUUGUGUCUAAGGUAUUGUUUUAAUUAUUGCAAAAAAAGCUACAAUUUUAUAGGGAAGUCUUGCAAGCUCCCUGUUCUCAUCUAUUCUGCAGUGCAAUUCUGAAUAAAACGGAACAAAAUUUUACAUUUUUGCUUUGCAAAGAAAUGUUUGGAAAAUGCUUCUGUUUGCAUAAUGUCCAGAGAUUAAACUUGGCCAUGCCCAUGUGACCCAUCAAAAUGAGUGAUAAUAAGCAAUUCCUUUGAGGUACCCUUCCAAGCACAAAACCUUUCGUGCUUCUCCAAUACGUAUUUUCUGUGAUGCUGUGAUUUGCACAGGGCAACAACUUCCAGUCAAUUUCCAGUAAGUAAUCAGUCAAAAUUGAUUACUUGCUGAAGAUUCACCAUGAGAAGUAAUAUGAGUUGAUAACAUGAGUCCUAAAUCUGGUAGGUAAAAAUAUGAGAUAUCUCAUUUGUUGACCAUGGACUUAAAAGAUCUGUGUAUACAAUGAGAAAGAUAGCAUCAUCUCCUCAGAAAGACCUUUAGUCAAUUAAUUUCCAGUAAGGCCUGCUAAUGUAAGUGCAAGUAAAGCCUGCUAAUAUGAGUGUCAGUAGGGUCCAGUCUCUGAUCAGAACACUUGCAUGAUGUGUUACAUCUUUACAGUAGUGUACACAUAUUAGAUAUUAACUAUUUCAUCCUGACAAUAACAUCUGUGAGGUAAAUAGUUGCAGAAAUAGAAAGAAAAAUUACUCUCCAAGCAAACUUGUUGAUGUAGUUAUCAUUUUUAUUUUUCUUUAUUCUUUUUUGCAAAUUUGCACUAGGUUGAAAGCACCUUUUUAAGACUGAAUACAUGUGAAAGUGAUUACAGUGUGAUAUGUAUUUGCACUUAACUGGGCACAGCUACACGUGCUUCAAUGUGCAGUAGCUCAUUUUACUGUGCAUUAAAACAUCAUUUAAAAAGUGCAAAUACACUAAUGCUCAGAAUAAUAGGCUAGUGUCCAUUAAGCAUCACUUAAAAAGGAUGCACUUUCACUACCCAACAUUAUGACAGCCUAAUGUGCAUUUAUUCAGUACUUCACAUUGGAGGUACUAAAUUUAACGUGUAUUAGGAAAACCACAUUAAUGCAUGGGUUGACGUGCCCAUUGUGAUAUAUCCUUUAAUAUUUUACUUGUUGUUAUUGCUGUUAUAAUCAUAACCUGCCUCCUUUGUCUUUCCAAAUUAAUGCAAGUAGUUAAUAAAAUUGUUUGAAAAAUGACA